AUGCCAAUGCCUGCCUCUAUCUCACCCCCGGGCUCUCCGCCCUCGCCCACCAUGAGUGUCGACAGCAUCCACGGCCACAACACCCUUCGUCUCAACUCUCCCCUGCAACUGGAUCAGCUGCGCAGGAUCAAGGUUAUGAUUGUCGACGACAACUCGAUCAACCUCUCCAUCCUCUCGCGCAUGCUCGAAAAGCACUUUACCGACAUUGUCCAGUUGACGGUCAUCACGACCUCUGGUGUCGAGGCCCUCCAGAGGCUCGCCUCAGAAGAGUUCGACCUCAUCCUCAUGGACAUUGACAUGCCUGUCCUCACCGGCGUCCAGACCACUAUUGCCAUUCGCCAGAACACUUCUGAGUCCCCUAUUCUCGAGCACAACCAGAACGUGGCCAUCAUUGCUGUCACGACCAGCGAUGGCGCAGAGCAGCGGGAGCUCUAUCGACAGGUCGGGAUGUCCGACUGUGUCAGCAAGCCUAUUGAUCCCUCCAAGCUGCGCUCAGCUAUCGAAGGCGCAAUGAAGGCGAGUGGAUAA